ACAAGUUCGCAGCGAACGUGCGUGUUGCGCGCGUGGUUGUCGUUUCGUGUGCAGGUGCAAGUUGUCACGUAAUUUACCUGUAGUUAUAAGGUCUGAUAUGUCAGGCACCAGUACUGUAGCUUGCAAAGAGUAUCCCAUCCGUCAGUGGAGGGCACUCUUGAAACAUCUGAAAGCACCAUCUACGUCCUCGCAAGCGCCGUUGUCGGCUGAUACAAAAACAGUGGAGGAUUGGCGACCAGUGAACCGGCGUGCUCACUUUCUGGCCCGUCUGGUGCAGCGUCUGUGUUGUCAGUACCGGUGGCAGACUGCUGCCGAGGCCCUCGAAGUACUCCUGGAUGGCCACUAUCCUGCCGACCAGUUCUCGUACAAGGUGGGCAUGCUCCUUCAUGAAAACCUUGCUUCACCUGAACAGAUGAACUUUUUCAUCAGGCACACGCGUUGCCUCCUGGUGGCUGACAAGAAAGAGAUGGCCCUGGAGUACAUUGUGUACUGCCUCAAGCAGAUGCAGCAUGCACACCUGCGAACCUUCUUCCAGGAACACCUGAAAGUGGAUCGUAAGAUGCUGCGGCCUAACGAGAAGCUGGAUGCAUUCAUUAGGGGCUACUUGGGUCUACUUGACUACCUUCAGUGGCUAAGCCACACUGCACCUUCACGCCAAAACGAGUUGGCUGAUGUGGACACCGAGGCUGGCGAGUCCUUUGAGGAGUUGAGUAGCGUUGCCAGUGCCUUGGACAAGUGGCGCCCCCUGUUCACAUCUAACAGCGAGUCGGCGGCAUUUGCGUGUCGAGAGACAAUGGACGUCUUCCUCACUAAAACGCUUGAGCUUUUGCUGAGGCAUGACCGUGCAGAUGAAGCAGACGACAUCGUGGAGAGCUACUUGGACAGCCACUCCGACGACUGCCUGCAUGCCAUCUCGUAUGCACGGGCAUUGUCGCAGCAGUGCAGCACAACAGAGACCAGCGAGUUGGCAGCGUCUCGUCGCAUGGAACUGCUUCACAGGCUGUGCGAAACUGACCCUACGAGCCCUCAAGUUCUGGAAUAUGUACAGCUUAUUGAACAAAACGAAGAAGGUGUGGACAGCGUGGUUGAGUGCCUGCGCUUGCUGGCAGACUUCGUCGACUGUCCUGACAACAAGGACAGUGUGGAUGCCUGGAGGAAACUUAGCUGCAUCGCAGUGUGCACAGGACGCAGUGAGGAUGCGGCCGUGCGAGACUGCGGCAGUCGGCUGUGGCAAGAGCGAGGCGACUACUGGCUGCCUUACCACUUCUCCCCGCACCUGGACGGCAGCCCAGAGGCCUGGCUCAUGAAGACAGUCUUCUUGCAGGCGCUUGGGCAGACCGUGGGCAAGGCAGGGGCCUACAUUUCGGAAGUGGAGUCCAAGCUCCUCGAGCAUGAUGCGGAUCUGCUGGAGAAGUUCAGGACGGCGCAGGAGCAGGUGCUACAUGCCCCGGGGCUAGACCACUCGCUCGAAGAGGUUCUGCAGGCGGCCCGUUUUAUCCUGAACUGAUGCUGCACGGUCUACCGGUGUUGCAGUCGUGGCCUAUCAAGUGAAUGAAUAUAAUUGCAUGAUUCGUGAGCAUGGAUAUGCUGUAGCAGUUGGUGUGCCACAAUACCACAGUGGCCUGUCCGUGAAUAUCGUCUCACUCGUUCGAAUAUAAUGCGUCGGGGAAGUUUGAGGUGCACACACAACAAAUAGUCGCUAGAAAAGAGGUGCUGUUUCAUCGCUGAUACCCUUGUAGCUACCGCCGAACUCCAUUAUACUCUGUAAAUGUAAAACUACAUUACAGAGUUCGAUGAAGGUGGAGUUGUUGCCAUAUUGCACGGCAAUUUUUCUAGCUUUAGGCAUUGCAAUGCCUAGAUGCAAGGUUUUGCAUCCCAUCAUGCUCAAAACAAUCUCACUCACAGGAAUGAUUAUAAAGACUACAACUCAUUCAAGCUAAAAUAAAAAGAAAUUUUUUAGGCUUUUAUCACAGCAACAUGUUGGCAGUAAUGUUUAUAGGAGCGCUGGCAACAUUGCACAUUUGUUUUACUAUUUGUUUUCUAUACAGUAGAACCUCUCUUAUCCCGAUUAAGCAGGAUUCCCAAUUAUCCGAAGCAACGCAAAACCUGGUAGAAAAUGAGAUUGUGAAGUCGCAUCUUUAUUGUUGCAAAUCUGCCAUUCGAAAAAAAAAAAUUUCUCCAUGCAGGACUGUCUCUUCCAGUAGUUUCGAGCACUGCAUGUCAUGUUUUCUAGCUUGUCCAUGAAAUGCAGUAUCUCGCCCUCUUUGUUGUUAUGCUUCACGCAGCUACAGUCUGCACUCGAAGCAUCGAUGAUGACCGCCAAGGGUGUACUCGGUAGGUCUCGUUGUUGCUGUCAACACUAUAAGGUCGAGUCUGUCGCUCUCGCAGCAAUGUCGCUGUCGACAUUGGCGUAACACGUCUGCAUUGCAGACUUGUCAUUUGUGUCAUUGAAAAUCCAGCUGGAGUGCACUCUUCGUCGUACACAUGGAGAGCCUCACAGCUAGCGCAGGGGGUCUUCUCUUCUUCUUCGAAUGGGCAUGCGACAGAGCAGUCUAUGGAGAUCGCUUCUUCCUUCUCAA